AGCAGCUGACACCACAUCUGCCUUGAACGCUCAACAGUAACCAUGAAGUUCCUCCUCAGUCUCACCGUUCUCGCUGCCGCGAUCUUUCUGUGCUAUGGCUCCAGCGCCAGCUGGGGACGUCGCAACAACAACGACUAUCUGCUCUCCCGACAGGUGGAGGUCCGCAACCCCAUCAAGAACAACUACUGGAACGUCAACGUGGACUUCCCACGUGCGGGCACCGUCAACUACUACAACAUCUCGGCCAUCUUUGUCUACGACAACUUCAAGAACACCUCUGGCGCCGCUCCCGCUCUGUGGUCCGGCGGUCCAGGCUACCGAUUCGCUCAGAUCAAUCUCCGCAGCCAGGUUAAUCGCGGCCUCAACUCCACCAUCGAGAUCUAUGGCCGCUAAGUCCUAGGAUUGAAUCCUAACCGAAUAAAUUUGAAUAGAAACUUAA